AUGAGGAUCUUGGCAGUGCUAUGGACGGUGUGUUUGGUAAGACUCUGUUACUGUGGGAGUGAUUUACAACCACAAAAUUCCCCUGAAGCUACUGGACAAGAAUCUCCAGAGGCUGUAAAGCCUUUAAGCCCUUUCCUCACCAAGGUCGAUGGAUCCUUAUUCGAUGUAGAGGAGGCUGAGGAAUAUGCUGUUAAGGUUCUAAAGCUGACCAGUAAGAAGGGUGUUACUGCUAAGAAUGUAAGGUAUGAUGGAAAGGACAUAUGGUCUGCCAGGGCUGUAGUUGGUUCUCCUUGUUCUUCAGCAACUCUUUACUUUGAUGGAGAUAAGCCUACUCUGGCUGUUAUAAGGACAACAGGUUUCUUUGGUGGCGAAUCCACGGUCUACAAGUACUAUGAUGGUAGUAAGUGGCAGAACGAUAAUGAAGAUGACCAUAAAAAGAGGCGGGCUGCUCUGAAGAAGUAUAAGCAUGCACUUCCUGCCACUCUAGACCUUGUCACUCCAGAUAGUAAGAAGAUUGAUGUGUAUACAGAAACAGAAUCCGGAGCAUCCUUCCAGGAGUAUUCUCCGAAGAGGGCUUUCCACAUAUCCUCUGUUGUAGACUCUGGAGCUACUCUAUGGGAGGCUUCUGGAGCUACUCUAUGGGAGGCUUCUGGAGCUGGCCAAAAGUGUAAACUUGUAGAGUCUUAUGCUAAGGAUGGUGUAGAACUUCUUUACCUGGAGACUUCCGGUGGUAGUGGUACUAAGUCUAAGUACUUUGAAAAGACUGGUGGAGUAUGGAAUGAGCUCAAGAAGGAUCAGUUUUAUGAGAAAGCAAAGGCAUUGAUUGGAGAAUCUGGAGAGGAUACUUCUCUAAAUAUCUCUCAUCCGAGUAGAAUACUGUGCCAAUCCUUCGACUACACUUUUGACGGUAAUGCCAUAAGACUUAUAGUUCCCAAGGAGGGUGUAACCGUUACAAAGUUGGUAGUUGGCACUGAAGAGGUUUAUACCCUUUCAUCUGGAGAAACAUUCGAGUAUGCUAAGGCAUAUCUUAACAAAGAUGGUAGACCUGAACUUGUGUUGGUUACCCUAGACAAUUCCUCCGGAGACUCAAAGAAGGCUUACUCUAGGAGUGAAUGUGGUAAGUGGGUAGCAUGUACCAAUAGUGAUGCUAAGAUGAAUGGUUUAAGAACCCCUACCGGAGCGAGGUUCUGCACUUCAGUUGACCUUUCAUUAGCCAAUAGCACUGACGAAUGCAGUAUCUUUGAGGUGGAACUACUGGGUGUUACCACUAGACAAUUUUAUCCUAAACCAGGCUAUCUUGCCAAGGAGAUAUGA